AUGAUCAAAGUGAAGACGACUUUAUUAUUUUUAGUGAAGCUAAAAGAAUUAAAAACAAAAAUAAAAAUGUUUGCUGAAUUGAUGGUACCAAAAUUUUCGGACAAGGAAUUUAAAUCUCACUUUCGUUUAGAUCGAAGGAGUAUUGAGGUAUUAGUCUCAUACAUUGGCCCGAUUCUUUCAUUGGAGUCUAUAAAAAUUAAUAUAGAAAAACAAGUUUUAAUUUUUAUUUGGUAUAUGGCAAAUUGUGAAACUUACAGACAAAUUGCAAAUAGAUUUGAUGUAGCAGAUAGUACAAGCCACGCAAUAGUGAAUAACUGUUUAAUAGCUUUGAAUAGUGUAGCUGCUAAAAUUAUUGUUUGGCCAUCUGGCCAAGCUGCCACAGAUAAUUUGAAUAAAUUUAAUUUACUUCGUGGAGAUAAUUCAUUUCCAAAUGUUUUCGGUUGUAUUGAUGGAUGCCACAUAAAUACACUAUUUCCAUGGGAAAAGAGAACAAAAAUGCCAAAACUGGAUAGAAAUAUGUUUUGUAAUCGAAAACAAGUGCCUACCAUAGUAUUACAGGGAAUCGUUGAUGCAAAUCUAAAGUUUAUAGAUGUUUUUGCUGGUUGGCCUGGACGUACACAUGAUGCACGGAUUUAUCGUUGCAGCAGUAUUGGUCAGGUGAUCAUUAAUAAUCCUUGGACCAUUCUACCACCAACAUGCCAUAUUCUGGGAGAUGGUGCAUACCCAUUGACUGAAGGUCUAAUGGUACCUUAUAAAGAUAAUGGGCAUUUAACCAGACAGGAAAAAAAUUUUAAUAGGGCAUUGAGUAGUACUCGAAUUCUAAUUGAGCAGGCGUUUGGAAAAUUAAUUUGCAGAUUUAGGAAAUUAAAGCAUAUGGAUAUAUAUAAAAAAGAUGUUUGUGGAAAAAUAAUUACAGCUGCAUGCUGCUUACACAAUAUAUGUAUGUCAGUAGGCGAUGAUUAUAUUGAUUAUGAUCCAAUACCAUCAGAAGAAACUAUCGAGGAAAAUGAAGAGGAAAUUAUGGGUGGCAUGAUUAAAAGAGAUUUUAUAUGUAAUUCUUUACAAAUAAAUGAAUAUUUAUAA